AUGGAGCUCGGCUCAACGGUUAGUGCUGUGAGGAGUCAGAGGGUGCUACUGGGGGACGAAAUACGUCCUGCUGUCAUCCUGAUAAAGGAUGGGAAGAUUCAUCAGAUACUCUCAGACAUUUCUGUGGACGUUCCCUGUGAGGUGUUGGAUGUGGCUGACAGUGUGGUGAUGCCCGGCAUCGUAGAUUCCCACGUCCAUGUGAAUGAACCGGGCCGCACCUCCUGGGAGGGGUUCUGGACCGCCACCAGGGCUGCUGCAGCUGGAGGGGUGACAACCAUUGUGGACAUGCCACUAAACAGCAUCCCUCCGACUACCACACUUGGCAAUUUUCGCGAUAAGAUUCAGGAGGCGACAGGGAAGUGUUUUGUGGACACAGCCUUCUGGGGAGGUGUGAUUCCUGGCAAUCAGCUAGAACUCCGGCCCCUGAUGGAGGCAGGAGUGGCUGGCUUCAAAUGUUUCCUCAUCCACAGUGGGGUGGAGGAGUUCCCCCAUGUGACGGACUGUGAUCUGCACGCAGCCAUGCAGCAGCUGCAGGGCACAGGAAGUGUCUUGCUGUUCCAUGCAGAGAGGGAUGUCCAGCAGACAGCAGAAGAGGAUGGCGAACCUUCCCAGUACUCCACCUUCCUGCAGUCCAGACCAGAUAUAAUGGAGACGGAAGCCAUUCGCACCGUCACAGAACUCUGCCUCGAGUUCCAGGUGCGCUGUCAUAUCGUGCACCUGUCUUCUGCAGAGCCUCUGAAGCUGAUCCAGGCUGCGCGGCAGGCCGGAGCGUCCCUGACCGUGGAGACCACCCACCACUACCUCAGCCUGUGUGCUGAGAACAUACCUUCAGGGGCCACACAGUUCAAGUGCUGCCCCCCCAUCCGAGGAUCUGCUAACCAGGAGCAGCUAUGGUCCGCACUGAAAGCUGGGCAGAUUGACAUGGUGGUGUCGGAUCAUUCCCCCUGCACCCCCGAUCUGAAGAAACUGGAGAGAGGAGACUUUACUGAGGCAUGGGGAGGAAUAUCCUCUCUACAAUUUGGUUUGCCUCUGUUCUGGAGCUCGGCCAGUAAGAGAGGCUUCCAGCUGAGUGACGUGGUGAGGCUCCUCAGCCGGAACACAGCCCAGCUCAGUCGCCUUGACAACCAGAAGGGCUGCCUCGCCCCCGGUUACGAUGCUGACCUGGUCAUAUGGGACCCCGAGAGAGAAUUUGAAAUUAAAGAAGGAGGCAUACAUCAUAAAAACAAGCUCACUCCUUACCUUGGCCUCAGUCUGCAGGGUGUGGUGUGUGCCACGCUGGUCCGGGGUCAGCUGGUGUACAGAGAAGGCUGCUUCUGCCCCGAGCCUUUGGGCAAGUUGCUCCUCAUCCCCCCGGAAAGAUCGCAAAAAUAGCAACAAGCUAUAAUGAAAUCAUACGUAAUUAAAGUAGCCUACUGAUAAUAAAAACGAAUUAAUACUUAUUAGUGCCUUAUUUUUCA